GGUUAGGGAUGGAGCAAGUUGCCGCGUUGAGCAGGAAUAUUUUCAAAUAUACGUCGGGUGUAGGAACAGCUGUGUGGGAAGGAUUUAGCGCAAUGGCAUCAAAUAACAAGAGCCCACGUCUGAUAAAAAAAAUCGGCACUCAUGAUGGUAUGUUUCACUGCGACGAAGCCUUGGCUUGUUUUAUGUUAAAACAGCUGCCCAUAUAUAAAGAUGCGGAAAUUGUCAGGACACGGAAUUCUUCAAUUUUAGAUGAGUGUGAUAUUGUAGUGGACGUAGGUUUUGUUUACGAUCCUAAAAUCAACAGAUUUGAUCACCACCAAAGAAGUUUUACAGAGACAUUAAACUCUGUCAGACAAGAUUUAACAAAUACUAAAUUUAAUAACAUUAGGCUUAGUUCUGCAGGGUUAAUCUAUGCUCAUUUUGGUUUAGAGGUUAUAUCAGAAGUUCUAAAGGCUCGAAAUUUUGUAGCUGGCAGUGAAUGCUUGACCGCUCUUUAUCUCUACAUAUAUGAGGGUUUUAUUGAAGAAUUAGAUGCUAUUGACAAUGGCAUACCAAUGUAUGCAGAGGGCAAACCCUUGUACAGGAUAAACACCCAUUUGGGUGCCCGCAUCCAUAGACUGAAUCCUGUGUGGAAUGCCCCUGAAUCUGUUGAUACAGACUCAUUGUUUCGUAAGGCCAUGCAAGUUGUUGGGUCAGAAUUUCAGGAAAUAGUUCUUCAAGGGUAUUCCUCAUGGUGGCCUGCCAGAGCUAUUGUUAAGAAGAUGAUCGCAAAGAGAAAAGAAUUCUAUGAAACAGGUGAAAUAAUAAUUUUGGAUGAGAGGUGUUCGUGGAAAGACCACAUAUACACUGUGGAAGAAGAAUUAGGUAUUGUCGGAGAAAUAAAAUUUGUGUUGUUUCCUGACAAAUCUGCGGGGACAUGGCGGGUACAAGGUGUUGCCGUGCAACCUGACAGUUUUAUAUGCAGAGUGUUUUUGCACAAAGAUUGGCGGGGAGUGAGAGACGAGGAACUAAGUAAAGUGGCAGGUAUUGAGGGUUGCCUAUUUUGCCAUUCGACUGGCUUUAUUGGGGGUAAUAAAUCAAAAGAGGGGGCAAAGCAGAUGGCGAUCGCAAGUCUUAAGGCUGCCGAAGCAGGAGUGGAGUAGUUUUUUAAUAAAGUGUUAGUUGAUUAUGUUUGUUCAACUUUGAAUUAUUCUGAAAAUUAUUCUGCAACUUGUCUGUAAAAAUUAAAAUUAUUUGAAAAUAGUUUCGGAUGAACAACAAUUUUUUUAGAUAAAUUCAUACUGUGAGGUAUGGUUAAUAAUUUUAUUGUUAAUUAAGUGACUGCUCAUUUUCUACUUAUUGUUUCAUGUUAUAGAAAAUGUGUAAAUAAAAGCAACCCCUUAAA